AUGGCUGUAUCUAUAUAUGAUUCCUUGAGGACACCGGGUCCAAAGCACUAUAAAUACAAGAUCUGUGACGGUAUCGAUUUAGGGGAUGGUUUAGUGAUUGAUCCAUUGAAUCUGGAUUCUCUUGUUGUCUAUGCUAAAAAUGUCAAAUGGAGUAGCUUCUGUGACUAUGGGGUUCCUUUAUACCUGGCGGCUGAUACUAUGGAUACACCUUAUGAAUAUCCACCCAUUAUCAUGAAUGAUUGGCGUUGGUUUAUAUUUAAUGACCAUUACUUCGGCAAGUACUGGGGCUACGGUCUCUAUACUAUUCUAAUGGUUUAUAGUACCAUAUUUGUUAUUACAGUUGCGUUGACAGUAUUAUCCUUUUUAACUGUUAACAAGGGUCCCUACAAAAUCACUUCACUUCUUCUAAAACUUUCGUCGGUGCUGGCAUCGACUAGUAUAAUAUACUUUCUAACUUCUGCAUUAUCUACUAUUAGUAGACAACAAGAACACUACGGUGUAGCCAAUGGUAAUGUUUUUGGAACAUUGUUAAAUUCAAAUUUAGUUAUCGCCACCCUUAACCUUCUGUCAAUGUUUUUCUACAAACUAUGCCAGGUAUCAAUUGUAGCCAGAUUAUUCGAAAGAAAACUAGAAUGGAGAAUAGUUGUAUUUGUCGGUGGGAUAAUGAGCAUAGUUUCAUUUAUAAUAUCGGCUAUUGUCUCCUAUACUGAUCGUGUUGGAAUUAGAAAUGACAAUCUGGUGACGUUAAGUCCAUUCGGGCUGCUGUUCGAUAUAGCAUUGGAAACCUGUUUUGCAUUUAUUAUAGUAACUAACGUUUGGGGGACAAGAAAAACAUGGGUAAGUCAUUUGCAGAUGUGGUACCUUGCCUUAUUAACUAUUGCAAUCGUAUUACUAAGUCCUGCAAUGUUUUUAGCUGAUGUCGGCACAGGGUUAUUAUCUGCAUAUGCUGCCACUGUCAGUCCCCUACUAUACACAAUGAGUACAUUUGUUGCCUGGGAGUGGUUAGAACGUAUCCAUAUAUUAAAGAAAGCCGCCCAAGUAAAAAGUUUAUUAGGACAAAAGAUUUAUGAGGAUGAGCAAGAGGGUUAUAACUUUGCUUAUUAUUCUGUUAAUAAUGAGAGCAACCUUGACACCAACUCAGACUCACAUAUAUCCUUAUACAAUGAUAUGUUCCGUAAUUCCGAACAAUUCUCAAACGUUGGGAGCAACCUCUCUAGUAAGGAGUCGUCAUCACUACCUGCACAGAUGAACUCAACCGGUAUUUCUUUUCCAACAGCUGUUAAUCAAGUAGAAUUUCAGAAAAGGAAAUCAUUCCUGGACCACCUCACUAACUUUACCUAUUCAAGACCUUAUAAAAUUUACAAGAAGUCAAAAUCAAUUAUUCAAUUAAGAAAGAGGAAUAGCGAGACAGUCAAAAAUGAAAGGUCUAAUGAAGAGCUAUCAAUUGAAAAGGUAAGAAGAAGGUUGGGACUAACAAAUGAAAGAAGAGAGUAUGUGUAUAACACUAAAGAUAUUGUAUUCGCUUCUGAUGAUGAUACAGAAUCUGAGUGCGAAUCAAACAAUAUACUAAACGAAUCCAUUGAUAGCCAUUUUCCAGAAAAUGGGGCUGGGUCUGUUUGA